UGCGCGCGCACCCUACGUUGCCAUGGCUACGCGCAUAUAAGCGUGCGCCGGCGCUGCUCCGCACAGUACGCGACGCUAGCCCGUACGCACACGGUAUAGCUUAAGCUUUGUGAAGCAGCACCAACAUGAUGCUACGUUUGUCAACUUUUAUUGCGUUACUGGCUGUUACAUUGGCCCAGAACGGCUACGAAUACAACAAACCGAACCAACCGUUUGGACCAGGCACUACUUCGAACCGACCCGGCUUCCCUGGAACCGGUGGGACCUCUGGCGGCUACCCCAGCUCUCCGACUGCACCAUCUUCCCCCAGCGGACCUCAGCGUGACGAGUACCCCAGCACUGCAGGCGGCUCUACUCCGGGCUUCCCUUCUGGAUCCCCUAGCUACCCUACUGGCCCUAGUCAAGGCUUUCCAGGCUCUAGCCAACGACCAGGACAACCUGGGCAGUCCAGACCCCAAGGUGGUGCCGGAUUUCAGCCCACUUUCCCAUCUGGGCCACAGAACGUUCCGGGACAGCCCGGCGCGGGACCCUCUGGAACCGGUUUCGGCUCUGACACUGGCGCCUACGAGGGUGGAGACUACUCUGCUAUCCCCGGUGAACCAGACAGGGACUACCCCAUCCUUACCGAGAUCCCUCAGACGUCCUUCAGAUGUGAUGCUCAGGCUUAUCCGGGGUACUACGCCGAUGUCGAGGCCCGCUGCCAAGUCUUCCACGUGUGCGCCAACAACAGAACCUAUGAUUUCCUCUGCCCCAACGGAACCAUCUUCUCCCAGCAAGUCUUCGUAUGCGUUUGGUGGAAUCAGUUCGACUGCAACUCUGCCCCUGGUCUAUACGAUUUGAACGCAAAUCUCUACCAAGAAUCCCCAAGACCCGGUUCUGGUCAACAAGACUACGCUCCCCAAGGUCCCUCAGCUUCGUACCCUGGUAGCAUCGGUCCUCAAGGUCCUUCCUCAUCUUACCCUGGCGGCAAUACCCCUCAAGGUCCUUCCUCAUCUUACCCUGGCGGCAACACCCCUCAAGGUCCUUCCUCAUCUUACCCCGGCGGCAACACCCCUCAAGGUCCUUCCUCAUCUUACCCUGGUGGCAACACCCCUCAAGGUCCUUCGUCAUCUUAUCCGGGCAGCAAUACCCCUCAAGGUCCUUCAUCUUCUUAUCCCAGCGGCAACGCUCCGCAAGGCACUCCUUCCUACCCUGGCAGCACGCCUCAAAGGCCUUCCUCAUCCUUUCCCGGUACCCCGCAAGGGCCUUCGCCGACAUACCCUGGUAGUUCUGGACCACAAGGCCCUUCGUCCUCUUAUCCCGGGAGCACGGGUCCAUCUUCUGGUUUCCCAGGUUCUAACAGUCCACAGGGACCCACGUCAUCCUACCCAGGAUCGCAAACUCCGUCGGGUUACCCUGGCUCUUCUACUGGAAACUUCCAAGGGUAUCCCUCGGGGGCACCUACUGGUCCAAGCUUUCCCAGCGGUGGAAACACCGGGAGACCACAGGGUCCCUCCAACGACAACUACCCACAACCACCAAACAGAGAGUACCUGCCACCUAGAAAUUGAGCCAUCUCGAUCUAUUGGUAAUACAAAAUACCUAUCUAAAUAGAAAGACUUGGAGCUGUUAAGUUACUUUUAACUGUAGUCGCGUUGUGAUAACUACGUUAGUAGUAGUUGCCAUAAUGUUGUAUUUGUAGCCAGCCAGUAUUCUGAGGAUUAACCUUAUUUGACAAGUACCUACAUAAAUAUUUGUACAAAUAAUAUUGGAGCUGUUUUGGAUAUCAAGACUAAGUAUUAUUAUUAAGUACUUAAGUAUUUAAUAGUACUUAGUUAUUACCUACUCCUACACAUAUUAUUUAACUGUCAGUCUGUCAUGUAAGUAAAUCAAGUAAAUGUGUCAGGGCAUUAAAGUUAGACAAACGAUAAAGUUGGUGCUGCCUAAUGUUUUAGCUUAAAGUUUAGUUUUUAAGAACUUAUAGGUAUAAUAAGUAUAAAUGUAAGUUUAUUUUUCAACAAAAU